GAGUUACUGUAUUGUACUGUGAAUCUCGUAAGGGGGCUGCAAAAACAAAACUCCUAUUCUUACUGAGUUUCACCCCCCCAUAUACCAGAUUUUACUCUAGAUUGCAUUUUAAUUAGUCACAGGACGUAGUUGUCUCUUUGAUUCACGUACUUAUUUUGUUUUUUGUUUUAGUGUAUGGUUUGGUUUUUUAACACUCCGGGAGGGCAGAAAUGGCGGCCAACAUGUACCGGGUCGGAGAUUAUGUCUUCUUUGAGAAUUCUUCUAGCAACCCCUAUAUGAUCAGGAGGAUAGAGGAACUGAAUAAGACGGCAAGCGGCAAUGUCGAGGCAAAGGUGGUCUGUUUCUACAGGAGAAGGGACAUAUCACAGAGCCUCAUCCAGCUGGCUGACAAACAUGCAAAGGACCUGGAAGAAGAGAAGGAAUGCCCCUCAGAGCCAGAGUUCUCAGAAAAACAGAAGCAUCAGCUCCGCCACAGAGAGCUUUUCCUUUCACGUCAGUACGAAUCACUUCCCGCCACACACAUCAGGGGGAAGUGCAGUGUGGCCCUACUGAAUGAGACUGAAGUUGUGCUCUCCUACCUGGAGAAAGAGGACACAUUUUUUUACUCACUGGUGUACGACCCCACACAGAAGACAUUAUUGGCAGACAAGGGGGAAAUUCGUGUUGGUCCUCGCUUUCAAGCUGAUGUUCCUGAAAUGCUACAGGAAGGAGAACCUGAUGACAGAGACCAGUCCAAACUGGAGGUGAAGAUAUGGGACCCAGAUUGUCCUCUCACCAACAAGCAGAUUGACCAGUUCCUUGUUGUGGCUCGGGCGGUUGGUACAUUUGCUCGAGCGUUGGACUGCAGCAGCUCAGUCAGGCAGCCUAGCUUACACAUGAGUGCCGCAGCAGCCUCACGAGACAUCACACUGUUCCAUGCCAUGGACACCCUGCACCGGCACGGCUAUGACCUGUCCAGUGCCCUGAGCGUGCUGGUUCCUCAAGGAGGACCUGUGCUGUGCCGGGAUGAGAUGGAGGAGUGGAGCUCAUCAGAGGCGAACCUGUUCGAGGAGGCGCUGGAGAAAUACGGCAAAGACUUCAACGACAUCCGGCAAGACUUUCUUCAAUGGAAGUCCCUGACCAGCAUCAUUGAGUAUUAUUACAUGUGGAAAACCACAGACAGAUAUGUUCAACAGAAAAGACUGAAGGCAGCUGAAGCAGAGAGCAAAUUGAAACAAGUCUACAUCCCCACAUACAACAAACCCAACCCUAACCAGAUCUCCAUUAGUAAUGGCAAAAUGGCAACUGUGAAUGGUGCAGCAGGCACAGGCAGUUUCCACACAGCCGGAGGUGGCCGCGCAUGCGAGAGCUGUUUUGCUGUACAAUCUCCUCAAUGGUAUUCUUGGGGUCCUCCUAACAUGCAAUGUCGUCUGUGUGUAUCCUGCUGGAUGUACUGGAAAAAAUAUGGUGGCCUGAAGAUGCCAAGCAGAGCCGAUGGUGCAGAAGAAAAAACACCUCCAAGUCCUGCACCCAACGAGCCACGUUCUCGCGGCCAUGGCCCCCGUCAGUCUUCCCACAUGGUUCCGAUGAGGAACAGCGGCAGCCCCAAAUCCUCCAUGAAGACCAAGCAGGCAUUCCUGCUACAGGCCACACGCCUCACCAAGCUGGCGCGUCACAUGUGCCGUGAUCUCAUCAGGCUGCGCCGGGCCGCGCGCCGCCCCUUUGUGCCCAUAAACUGUGGCGCCAUAAAGGCGGAGUAUAUGAUCCGGGUGUCAGAGGGCAUGACAGGGCGACCUAUGAAGCCCAAAUCCUCCCCGAGGAGCACCCUGACCAGCAUCCUGCAGUACCUUGAGUCUCGCCCAGCACCUCAUGUUCAGCGGCCACACCGCACUCCUGGCCUACAGGUGCAGCCCCCGCGACGCCUGCUUUCCUCUCUACCCAGUCAUGGUCCACUGGGCAUGUUGGGAAAACGGAACUAUCAUCACCACAGCAGGGCUGAGUCCAUAGAGAGAAGGGUUGUUGCACCAGGACAAGAUACCCCAGCUCAUAUUGUGGGACCCAUUCUGCACAAUGGAAGUAGUACCGGUGGCUCCAACCUUCGUGCCAGUGGCCUGAUGCUACGUAAGAGACGGCCCAACUGGAUUGAUGCACCUGAUGACAGUUUCUUCCUAGUUUCCCGAGAGACAAGGAAAGCCAGGAGGCUGCUCUCCCGUUCACAGUUAAGAAGAGCAUGUAGACAACCAUGUGAGCAGAUCAGCCUGCGCAGGGUCCCUCAGGGGCCAACGCAGAUACCUGUACUGGCACCCCCUCACCCCAGUUUACGAAUGCGAGGCCCAAUUGUGAUCCAUGACUGACUCAAGUCUGCAUUGUUCCCACAGCCUAUUCUGUCAGUUUGUCAUUUGCUGCCAAAUUCUGCACUGCACAGGCUGCUAAAUACCUUCUAAUUCCUCUUAUUCUAGUCCUUGUACUUCUGAUUCCUCUUCUGGACAAAAGGCUUCAAGGCACACAAUAAUAAAGCAUUUAGCUAAUAAACCCCAACUAAAAUCAUACAUGUAUAUUCAACACCCUCUUGGAAUGCAGACUUUUUAAGUACUUUAUACUCUUAAAGGGAUAGUUCACCCAAAAAUUAAAAUUCUGUCAUCAUGUACUUCCAAACCUGUAUGACUUUCAUCGUAUGCAAAAAAGAUGCAAUGAAAUUGAAUGGUAACUGCGGCUAACAUUCUACUUAAAAACACCUUUUGUGUUCUAUGGAAGAAAGAAAGUUAUACAGGUUUGUAACAACAUGAGGGUGAGUACAUGAUGACAGAAUUUCCACUUGGGGUGGACGAUCCCUAAGUACAAGUUUAAUUUGAACACUUAUAACAUCAACUCUGAGCAAUGCAAGUCUUUGAUAAUAAUUCUAAGGAUGUAGGGACUAAACAGGGUUCAACAAGUGGCCAUGCCAUGUACAGAUAAAUUCUAUCUGAUGCUGUCCACUCUCAACUGACUCUUUUGAGAAUUAUUAGUGUUCUCUUUGUAAUUUCAGUUAGCUCUGCAUUGAAGGAAUUUCUUUAUUUCUCUAUAUCUUCUGUGUGUAUCAUGACAAGUGCAAGUUUGUGAGCUGUUUUUCUAUUGUAUUCAAGCAAGGACUGGACAUCAUUGUCAGACAGUGUAGGUUGUAAGCUACUAGUUAUUCCUCAGUUCUAACAAUGCGUUUAACUGAGAGCAUGUUCAAUAGAUUCUUUUAACCGAAGAUGUUGUGUUACUGGCUAUAAUGAUUCCUGGAAGCCAUACCAGUGUUUGCAACUGCUGCAGAUCAUGUCCCUUGGACAUUAAAGGGAUAGUUCACCCAAAAAUGAAAAUUCUCUCAUCAUUUACUGACCCACAUGCCAUCCCAGAUGUGUAUGACUUACUUUCUUCUGCUGAACACAAAUGAAGAUAUCUCAAAUCUGUAGGUCCAUACAAUGCACGUGAAUGGUGACCAGACAUUUGAAGCUCCAAAAAUCACAUAAAGGCA